AUGGUUGAUAGAAACCAGUGUCAAACACAUACCCGAACUCCAUGGGGCACAUCGGAACACCGCCUCGACCACAGGAUCCGAUAUGCCUUGAUGGUAGCCUUUUCCAUCUUCUUCAUCGUCGAUCACUCGUCCGAAAACCUGACAAACCUCGCCUCAGCGCAAGACCAGGUUUUGAUCAAGACGACUCAUGACAACAAUGUGAACGAAGAAGUAGAACCUUACCACCCGCCCUCUCAGGUUUGUGGUGCUCAGCUUCAAGAUUGCCAAGCUUUCCCUCGACCGGACAUAUAUUGCCCGCCGCUAACAGUAUGCCACCACACAAAGACACGUAUUUCGCCCUCGGGUAUUUACUGCUGCGCUCAGAGUGACGAAUGCAUCGUCGACGAGGAGCACCCCGCAGUGUGCGCGGUCAAUACGACGCAGUGUGGCAGAGACCUCGGUGGAGGAUGUUGUCCAGAUGGCACAAUGUGUGCUCCAGAUGGCUGUCUCAGCAUACAGACAUCAUUGCGCAAGCACUCUAUGCCAAGAGCGAUGAUCACCGGGUUGUUUCACGGCGAUAAGACCAGCGAUGCGGUCCAUACAGGGAUCAAGUUUGGAGAAGUCGGAGUGGUCAAGUCAAGUGCGUGUCAUGCAUUCCUCGGUCCAACCUUGUUCGCCAUGCCCAUUGCUGUUGGUAUCAUGACUUGGGCCAUAGUGAGAUGA